AUUGUUAGACGAGUUCUCUCUUCUUGCUACAACGGUAUAAGACGUAACACUGUGACCUACAGAAUCAAUGAUUCUAAGUGUAAGUCCAAUUGGAAUGCAUUCACAUACAAAGGAUCAAAGACAGUCUAUCCAUGCCCAGCGUUCCACAGUAAAAGGGUUUAUUGUGUUUGUAGUGGUGCUCCUAGAAAGGAAGGUAUCCUAAUGCACGAGUGGACUCAUGCUUUUGGUCGCACCAAUGAUUAUGCUUAUGGAGCUAGUGCUAAUCAAAAAUUAGCAAAGACCAGGCCUUAUCGUGCAAUUAAAAAUGCUGAUUCAUAUGAAUACUUCAUAUGUAUAGUCACAUAUGGUUCAAUACUUGGUUUUCUGUGCAUCAUUCUUUAUUUGCUAAUUUUUAUUUCUUUGGGAUUUUUUAUUUUAGGCCAUUAGUUUUGUAACUUUUGUUGAUUAAACUUGCUGACAUAAAACUUGGUGUUUUAUAUUCAUGGCAAUAUACCUAGUUAAUUAUGACCACGUGAUGUCACGUGCAUGCAAUUAGUUUUAGGAAACGCCCUUCUAACAAACAGAUCAAAGAUGAGGCUCUUUGAAAUUAUAGUUUCAGUACUAGUUGGAGGCUUUGCUGUGGCAUUUGCUUUGUCAUUAUUUGUUGAAGAGCGUGCAUUAAGCUUACAGGUGCUGGUAGUGCUGGUGCUGUUGUUAUUAGCAUUCGUUGCCAUUAAAUAUUGGAAUAGCAGUGGAACUACUAUCAAGUAUAAAAGGGUUCAACCUCCUUUAAAAAAUGAAAAACCUCUUAAUACAACAGACUUGAACAAGAUACUCACUCUGUUAGAAAAGUAUCAGUAUUCUGGGAAAUCGUAUUAUCGUUUGGGUCUCUCACUGGGUUUGUUGCAUCGUACACUGGAUAUCAUUAAAACUGACAAUAACAACAGUGUUGAGCAUUGCCUGAGAGAGGUUUUGACUAAAUGGUUGGAAAAAGCUGACAAUGUAGAGAAGCCAACUUGGAGUGCAUUGGUAGCAGCUCUUAGGAGCAUCAAUCAGAAUGCAGUCGCUGAAGAAAUUGAUAGAGAGACUGAUCCAGUAUCUUUGAUAAUUGAGAAUCAUCGUGAUGCUUUGUCUCAAUCAAUCCAAGAAAACCUUACUCAGAUAGCUAGACACUUAUCAUAUGAGUUGGAAAUUAAGAGCCUGGAAUCUCUACAUGGUUCUCCUUCAGAAAAAAUAGAAGUUUUGCUUAAAACUAUAAAGAAUGCUGUUUAUGAGAAUUAUAAAAGUAUUCUCAAGUUUGCUGAUGUUUUAUGUAAGUUCCCUGCUGUGAGAUCAGUUAGGAAUGAUAUACAAAAAAAUUACAGUAAGUCAUUUGUAACUCAAAUUUAUUACAUAAUACAUACAUAUGUUAUAGGUGAAAAAAUUGUUGAUAAUAGUAUUGAAGUUAGAGCUAUGGGUAGGAAUGGAGACCCUAUUAAAGUUCCACUGAACUUUAGUUUGGAAUGUAAAGAAAUGAGAAAUAAAUGGGCCAUUGCAGUUGAUAGUGCCAUAAAGGUAAUAGCUGUUGAAGUUGAAGAGCAAGAAUUGAAAGGAUUUUUGCAAAUACAAACAAGUAACUCUGAUGUUAAGGAGAAAUUAAACGCAUGUCAUUCAACGGGGGAAAUUAUGCAGAUCAUAAUUGAUCAUUGCUCAUUGGUGGAUCUCACUUUACUUGAAGGGAUAAUUGAACGUUUUAAAAUUGAAGAAGCUAAGGAACAUAUUAAUGAGUAUAAAGAAAUUAAAGAUGAUUUUUGCAGCAUUUCCCUUCAUUCGUUGCUGAAUGAAACUAUUGGCUAUCCUUCUUCCCUCAAAUGUGAGACACUUCAGUUAUCAGUUGAUAAAAGUAUUGAUGAAAGAACGCUAAAAGAUGUUCAGGAUCUAAUAGCAAUUGCUUUCGAAAGUUUUGCGCUAAAUGUUAGAAUUGCUGUUAUAAAGGAAGGAAACUCAUUUACCAUCACUUGUUCCUUUCCCCUUGCUCUUUCUGAAUCAUUGAUUGCAACUGCUCUUAAAAAUCUUGAACAACUAAAAAAAGAAGGAUUGAUAAAAAUGACCAUUGGCUACAGUACAGUAUACUCUCAAAAUAAGACUAAAAUGGAAACUGUAGAAAAGUUUAAAAAAUUAAUAUUUUCACCACUAACUUCAACUUGGAGUAGUCAUUUAGAAAGAGAGAAGAGCCAGCACAUUACAUCAGUUUAUAGUAGUGGUAGUACAAUCAAGCAAUUACUUGUAUCCUUGAAUGUACAAUUAAUACGUAGUGAAGCAUCCUCUAAUGCAGAGAGAAAAUUGAUUCAAGAAUUAUUAUUAACAAAAAAGAUUAAUGACUUACAAAAAGACGAUAUCAGAAUAAAAGAAUUGAUGAAGGAAAAGCAGGAGGAAAUUGAAGCUCAUAAACAGCUUGAAAAUUUUAAAGCUGCUGCUAAAAAAGAAAAAGAAGAGAUGCUAUUGCAGAUUAAAAAUGAAAAAAGCAUUGAAGCAGAGUCUGAUUUGAAAGGGUCUAAAUACAACCAUUUAGAUGAUGAAAAAGAAGACACAUCAUCACAAUCAAGUUCUGAAUAUCAAGAUCCAAAAGAAAAGAUACAUGUAUAUGAUGAUGAACUCCCAGGAUUCAUACAACUAACCAACCCAUCAUUAAUGACAUGUCAGGAGGUAAUAUCUAAACUAGAAAGUAAUGAAUAUCUUCUCAGACAAUUGUCACUUCAAGCUGCUCAGUUAUUGAUACCAGCAUUAUUAAAUGAAAAUACCAUUGAACAAUUGAGGAUAUGUGAUACACCUUUAGCAAGUGAUUUUAUCCUUUCACUGUCACCUCAUUUGUCAAGUAACAAAUCAAUAUAUAAGCUAGAGCUUAGUAAUGAUACUAUUGAUGAUGAUGGUAUCAAUACACUAGUAUGUUCAUUAAAAGAAAACACAAGUAUUACGACACUAAAUCUCAGUUAUAAUUCUGGUAUUACUUCAGUCAGUGUCCAGCCACUGAAAGAGCUCAUAUUUAACAACAAACAACUCUGCUCACUUUCUAUUCUGUACACUAGCAUUGAUAGUGAUGGGGUUCUAUCACUAGUAGAGACCCUCAAGACAAAUCAAAUAAGCAUCUUCUUACAUAAGAAAAAUGAAGAAGCUUGUUCUUCUUUACCUUAUUAUGAUGCAAUUAAAAAAAGACUAAUUUUUUAAAAUUGUUAAAGUAAAUUGCUUUAUUUCUUUUGAUAGACUAAUUAUUGUCUUAACAAUUAUGUAUAGACUAUAUCUAAUUCUAAUAAUAGCAGUAUUACUAUUGUGUAGUUGUUGAAUAGUUAAUAUUUUAUUCAUUAUUAAAAUGAUUUUA